CAGGCCCGUAGGCAGUAUCCCACUGUUAAGUUGCAAAAGGCGCAAAAUAGUAUGGGUCAAAAUUAACCACGCUUUCUCGUGUCCCCGUUUUCUAAACAAGUUUCUCCUCUGAUAUUGGUUGGUUUUUGUGAUUUGAAACUUCAAUGUUGGUUCCAGAACUGAACAAGAUUACCAAUCUGGACAAGUUUCAAUCGAAAUAAAAUAGACUGAACGGCGGCGACUUGUGAUUCGAAACGGCACCGGUGUUUCACCGGAGCAGCCCGCCGAUGAAGUGUAGAUCUGUGGCCUGCAUUUGGUCAGGCUCACUCCCUGUUCAAAAAGUAACCGCCACCGCCGUACUCAACUAUCCUCCCACCCUCUACACCGGUGGCUCCGAUGGCUCCAUCAUCUGGUGGAACCUCCCUUCCUCCGCCAAUGCUAAACAGGAGGUGGAACCAAUUGCAAUGCUUUGUGGACAUGCUACUUCAAUAGCAGACUUAGGGAUAUGUUAUCCUUCAGCUGUUUCAGGAGAUGGGAAAUUAGAUAAUGUUAAUCAGCCUGUUUCCACCUCACAUUCAGAGAAUUCUGGUGCGUUAUUCAGUGCAUGCAAGGAUGGUGUAUUGUGUGUCUGGAGCAGGGCAAGUGGCCAUUGCAGACGUAGGAGGAAAAUGCCUCCUUGGGUUGGCAGUCCAUCUGUGGUUCGUGUACUGCCCGAUAAUCAGAGAUAUGUAUGUGUUGCCUGUUGGAAUGCUGAAAGUAUUCACGUUUCCAAUCAUAAGUCUUUUGAUGUAGAACAUGAAGGUUUACUGAACAGAGAAUCGGGUUUUGCUAAAUCUUCUAAAUGCACGGUGGUAAUAGUUGACUCAUAUUCCCUCGCUAUUGUACAAACAGUUUUUCAUGGUAACCUGUCCAUUGGGCCUUUGAAGUCCAUUUCUGUUAUAUUAUCUUCCGGGCAUAUGGAGAAUCAUUCUGUCAUGAUGGUUGAUGCGUUCAGUAAGGUUCACUGCCUACCAAUAUUGAAGGAUUCUGAGAUUACUGGGGAGAGUGCAACUCGGAGCUCCACCCAGUUGGAUUUGAAGGAUUGGCUAGAUGGCUCGAAAGAAGGGGGUGUAUUAAUGACAUGUGUUAGCCGUGGACAAUUGUUAGUCCUAGUAUAUUCAACGUACUGUACAUUUAGGCUGAUGGAUGAUGGCCAGAAACUUGGGGAGAUACUUUUCUCAGAUCAUCAGCUAUGCCUUGAGGGCGAUUCUGCCCUUGGCGCAAUAUUUGUUGAUGAUGACGAUAUUACCAUUCUGACCAACUUUGGGGGGUAUGAAAAUUUAGUUUCUGAAGUAUUGAUUGUUUGGAAUAAUAGAGGUGCAGCUGUAGUUUACAGGAUAUCAUAUUCAAGGUACAAAUUCACAUCUGAGCCCAUGUAUUCAAUUCCUGCCGUGCCUCGUCCUUCAGAGGUAAAAUUAUCCCUUACCUUUGUCUUUGCCCGAGAUCAUCUUCUUCGUAUUGAAUCAAUCUGCUGCCACGGUGGGCAACCAAUGUUCUGGAAACCUUAUAUCACAAUUUGGUUACUGCCACAACUUCAUGAUUGCAAGGAAACUAUUUCUGGGGAUUUUAAAAAACUUAGUGAAGGCCUGUACUUUGAUAGUUGGAUCAACAGCUCCGCUCACAAAUCUGAAGGCUCCGGGGAUGAUAUUUGCUUUAAAAAAAGUGGUGCUGGGGAUGAACUAUUUUCUUCGGACAAUUCUGUAUCUUCUUCAAACAAGGGGGAAAAGUUUGUUUCGUCUUCAAUGGUUAUAUCUAAAAACUGUGUGCCAUUCGCCCUUGCUUAUGGUUUCUGUGAUGGUGAUAUAGAAGUUGUGCGUUUCAAUAUGUACUUUGAGGGAUUAAGUUUUUCCGAUCAAAGUCCAUCUUAUAGGUCGAAUCCUCAGACAUCAAAGUUAUAUCUUUCAGGGCAUACUGGUGCUGUCCUCUGUUUGGCCUCACAUCAGAUGGUUAGUAAGUCCGCUAAAGGGGAUUUCAGCCAUGUUUUAGUGUCUGGAAGUAUGGAUUGCACUGUGCGGAUUUGGGACCUUGACUCUAGCAACCUCAUUAUUGUCAUGCACCAACAUGUGGCCCCUGUGCGUCAAAUUGUUCUCCCACCUCUUCAUGUUGGAUAUCCAUGGAGUGAUUGUUUUCUCUCUGUCGCAGAGGACACUUGUGUUGCCCUUACUUCGCUUGGCUCUUUGCAGAUAGAAAGAAUGUUCCCUGGGCACCCAUACUAUCCUUCAAAGAUUGUAUGGGAUGGUGUUAGGGGUUAUAUUGCAUGCCUAUGCCCCAAUCUUUCAGGAACAUCCGAGUCUUCAGAUGUCUUAUACAUAUGGGAUGUCAAGACUGGUGCACGUGAACGGGUUCUUCGUGGAGCUGCAGCUCAUUCAAUGUUGGACCAUUUCUCAAUGGGUACGAAGAAAGAAUUUACUCCUGGCAGUUUGAUGACCAAAAACACCUCAGCCUCCUCAUUAAUUUUUCCGGUUGUUGAAGAAGUACAUAAUGCACCAUCUCAUUCGAAACUUUCUGCUAAGCCAGAAAACACAUCACAAAUUCAUACGAGCAUGACCGAAUCUGGUAAGUCAUCUGCACAUGUGACCAAGGAGAUUGAGUCUUCCAUGUUUACCUUUCAAAAUGACAGGCCUCCAGUUGAGGGCACUUGCCCUUUUCCUGGCAUUGCCACUUUGUGUUUCGACCUUAAGUCGUUGAUAUCUGCUUGCAAGAGUAACGAAUUCUUACCCACUGCAAGUAUUGACCAUAUAAAAGCCCAAACUGAGGAUAUCCAAGUGGAGACACCCAGAGAAGGUGCCCAUGAGCAGGAUAGGCAGGAGAAGGAUCCUGAAACAGAGAUUAAAAGUCCUCGCCAAGCCAACAGAGAAAGUCCUGAUUUCAGUGGGACCUCAUCUGGUACAGCAGCAGAGUUUGACUGGUUGCACUCCUUAGGAGGAUGCUUGCUUAAUUUCAGUCUGUCCCUUUUGCACCUUUGGAACGUGGAUAUUGAAGUUGAUAGGUUGUUAGAAACUGAAAUGAAGCUUAAAAGACCAGAUUUUUUCAAUGUAGCUUCUGGUAUGAUCGGUGAUAGAGGCGCUUUAACUCUGACUUUUCCUGGUUCAAGUGCCACAUUAGAGAUUUGGAAGUCAUCAUCUGAAUAUUGUGCUCUUAGAUCGUUAACUGUGGUGGCCCUUGCGCAGCAGUUGAUUAGUCUGACCCAUUCAUGUUCUGGAGCCAGCAGUGCUCUAGCAGCGUUUUAUACUCGGAAUUUCGCAGAGAAGUUCCCAGAGAUAAAGCCUCCUCUGCUUCAGGUCUUAGUAAGCUUCUGGCAAGACCAGUACGAACAUGUGAAAAUGGCUGCUCGCUCUCUUUUCCAUUGUGCUGCAUCACGUGCUAUCCCACGCCCUUUGUGCUGUAAAAAGGGAAACCCUCCAGAAAAUUCUCUUUGUAGUUCAGAGGGGAUAACAGAAAUGGAACGGGGAAGUCCAAUAUCUGACAUCAAAACCAACUCUGGAAUGCCUGAGAGGCAUCCAGAUGUAUGCGGGGAUUCCCAGACUGAAGAAUCUGAAAUUCUCUCAUGGUUAGAGUCAUUUGACAUGCAAGAUUGGAUCUCUUGUGUUGGAGGGACAAAUCAAGAUGCAAUGACAUCUCAUAUAAUUGUCUCUGCUGCAUUGGCUGUUUGGUAUCCGAGCCUUGUAAAACCAAGUCUUGCAGAACUUACUGUUGAAUCAUUGGUGAAAUUGGUUAUGGCCAUGAAUGAAAAAUAUAGUUGCACUGCAGCAGAGAUUCUCGCGGAAGGAAUGGAAAGCACAUGGGGAGCAUAUAUUGGUUCUGAAAUUCCUCGUAUGAUAGGGGAUAUAUUUUUCCAGAUUGAGUGUGUUAGCAGUUCAUCUGCUAAGGGUAAUACUUCAGCUAUAUCAAACAAUAUAAGGGAUACAUUAGUUGGAAUACUUCUUCCAAGUCUAGCCAUGGCUGACGUAUCUGGAUUUCUGCAUGUAAUCCAAAGACAGAUCUGGUCUACUGCAUCUGAUUCACCGGUUCACGUGGUUGCUCUCAUGACUAUCACAAGGGUUGUGCGUGGUUCUCCUAGAAACUUAGCCCAGCAUCUUGAUAAGGUGGUCACUUUCAUUCUGCUAACUAUGGAUCCUAGUAACUCUGUCAUGCGCAGAAGUUGCCUCCAAAGUUCAAUGUCAGCAUUGAGAGAGUUAGUGCGUGUUUUCCCUAUGGUGGCUUUGAAUGAUGCAUCAACUAGGUUGGCAGUUGGGGAUGCAAUUGCAGAGAUAAAAAAUGCUAGCAUUCGGGUUUAUGAUAUGCAGAGCAUGGUGAAAAUAAAGGUCCUGGAUGCAAGUGGACCUCCAGGACUUCCAACUUUGCUUGGAGGAGCUUCGGAGACAGCGGUCACCACUGCAAUUUCAGCUUUAAGCUUUUCACAGGAUGGGGAGGGUCUGGUUGCUUUUUCAGAGAAUGUGCUGAUGAUUAGAUGGUGGUCACUGGGAUCUGUCUGGUGGGAGAAACUUAGCCGGAAUCUCACCCCUGUUCAAUGUACCAAGCUUAUUUUUGUUCCUCCAUGGGAAGGGUUUUCCCCUACUUCGACCAGAUCCAGCAUAAUGGCGAGUGCAAUAUCGAAUGACGCUCAAGUCAAUCUGCAGGUAUUUUAACUCUAUUCUUGUACUCCUAAACUUCACACUUCAUGAUAAUGAUUUGCUCUUUCCAAUAGACUGUUUUCCAACUCUAUUCUUGAUUGUUGGAAGGUAACUUGGGCAAUGUGCCUACUGAGAUUUGACGUUUUACUUCGCUCCUUUCGGAUAAUCUUUCCCAUUUUGUAGGAGAACCAAAGUAAUCCGAGUGAAAUGGAUAGCCUGAAGCUUUUGAUCCAUCAUCUUGAUCUGUCCUACCGUCUGGAAUGGGUUGGUGAAAGGAAAGUGAAGCUCACUCAACAUGGGCGUGAGCUUGGCACUUUCCAGUUAUAACCUUUUCCGCCCGGAGAAUUGUUGUUGCCCUUAACUAGAUGUUAGUUAUACACGGGAUAGGUAAAUGACCUUUUUACAAAAUCUUAUAAGAAAAAACUGAAAUGUAAAAAUAGACAUGUACAUGAAAAUAUUUGAUAUAUGAAAUCAAAGGCACUCAAUAUUUUUGGAAUUGUGUUUGAAGGUUGUUGAACUAUAUAAUAAAUAGUUUCUUUGCCCCAAAUGAG